CUGGAAGAUAAAUGACGAAAUGUUGGCAUCCGUCAUAUCCGACAUGCCGCGACGGUUCACGCCAACGCCCGUCGUACUCAACCUGGUUCUGCUGGUAGGCUUCCUGCUAGCAUGCUUAACCGAUUUGCUACGAUUCUGCCUGACGCUUACGCUCGACCGCAUAUUGCCCUAUCAUUUAGGAAGGGUGCAGGGUCGGAGGUCAGGGUGCUCAGUAUGUCCCUGCGAUCCGGCAAAAAGCGCAAGCUUAUCGUAGACCACGAAGCAGAGAAAAGCAUCUAUGGAAGCUUUGUUUCUGCUGCAAACGCCGUCAGCACGCUCUACUCCCAAGCUGUUCAGCAGCAAAGGCGUGCUUCAGCACAAGCAUCAAGACAGGCGUUGGAGCGUGUGGUUGCCUUCCUUCUAGCCCAAAAUCCUGGGUCGGAGGUGGUGUCAAAGGCGGUCCUUCUCCAAUUCCUUCAACAGGAGUACGAGAGCAUUGAGGGCGGCGAGCAUCUGCCGCACGCCUUCCCAGCACCCCAAAUCUCUGUCGUCGGGCCAGGCAGCGAGGCGCAUCCCGAGCAGGCUGGGUUCAGCGGGAAGCCCUCCCGCAGCUACUUCUCCAGCACGCUGGGUGUCAGCCCCUCGCGGCGAACGCACAGCGGUGGCGUAGACGGCAUGGACGCCUCGGACGGUGUGGGGCAGCAGCAGAUGGCGCCGCAGCCACCGGCACCGCAGGAGCUACACGCCUUUGGUCCUUUCCAAGCUGGGCCGUUCCCGGCGCACUUGGGGCAAUCACACCCGCAGUGAUGGCGGUCUGCGGCAGUGCGGAGACUUGUGCAAAGGAUCAGGUGUUUUACGUUGCGGGGUAUGGGUGCGGCUGAGGUGCAGGAUAUGCUUUUGCAGGAUGGGUCAUGUCGGCUGGCAAUGGGGCAGCAAUUAGGGGUGUUAACCAUACCUGCCGUUUGGGGUGGGGGUAAACAGAACGAAAGUAACUCACCGUAUGGGGUGUGGCGUGGGCGUCAAGAGCCAACCGGUUCACGGCCGGCCUAAUGGAUAGAAAAAAUGCACGGCUAUGGGGUAGAGUAGAUACAAUUACAUUCUGUACUUUUAUUA